CAAUUCUAACAGAUGUGUGUUGAUAUUUGUAAUGUUCAGACGUCGCUCGAUUAAUAUAUCAAAAGUGAAAGUUCACAGUGAUUUAAUAUUAUUUUGAAGAUGAAUACAAAGAAAAGUAAGAGUAAAAAUAAAUCUAAACCAAUUCAGGUUGAAGAAAAUAAUAUCAUUUUAAAUGAAAAUCAGGAUACGAAUCUUAAGACUAGUAACCCAGCGGAAGACAACAUAGGUGUUUCAGAUAAUAAUACGACAGAAGAUGUUCCCAAAAAGCCAAAAAGAACAAAAGGUAAAAAAAAGCAAAAUAUAUUAGUAGAAGAUAAUAAAAUAACAGAAAAAGAAAGCGCUCCUAAACAUCAAGAAUUAAGUAUACAAAAUAUAGAAGAUUCUGAGGAAUUAAUAAAGGAAGCUCAAAUUGUACAUAAGAAGAAAAGCAAGACUAAACAUCCUAGUGCACAGUUCAAGACAGAUGGAAUAAAUUUAUGUGCACCGGUUGAAGAAUCUUGUAUAAAAGAAGUACUCAGUGUUCCUAUUAUAGAGGUGGAUUCGAAUGAAAGUACAAAUGUAACCACUACUAAAGAGAUUUCUUCCCAAAAAAAGAAGAAAAAAAAGAAAAAUAGACACGAUUCUGAAAAAUCUGACCAGAAUAGCCAGGCAAGCUGUACCCUAGCUUUUCAAAAACUUAUCCAAUCUUCUGAUCAUGAUGAAAUCUCAGACUCAGAGAAAAUAAAUGAGGUAACGGAAUCAGAAAAAAAUACAGAAGCUGUUUCAAAUAUAUCUUCUAACAUUAUAGUUGAAAACAAUUCAGAACAAUCAUCAAAAGAUGUUAUAAAUUCUGAGGUUUUAAAACCUAAAAAGAAAAAUAAAAAAGGAAAAAAGCAUCCACCUAUAGAACAUCCCGAGGCUGAAAUUGAAAACAAAGAAUCCCAUCCAACAAAAGAUGAACACGAAGAUAAGAAUUUAAACGACAACACCAGUUUUAUAGAAGUUAGUCCAAAACCAAAAGCUAAAAUAAUCAAACCUGUUGAAAGUAAACGGAAGGUAAAGAGAAAUUUACAGGAAUUAAAGAAUGAGAGCGUUUCGGAUCCAUCAACUGAAUGUGUAAUUCUUGAUUAUAAAAGAAAAGAUACAACUUUACAGACAAAAGAUAAAGAUAUAAUCGAAGCUAAUAUUGAUGAUAAUAUAAAAAUUGACAAAGAACUUAAAGACCAAGAUAUUUCAUUUAAGAAUUCAUCUGGAUCAAAUUUUAAAGACGGAAACGAAAUUUCAGAUUUAACACAAACUUGUGAACAAUUUACGUCAGAAGAAUUAAAAUCAGAUUUUAGUGAUUUUGAAACGGUUACUGGCAAAUCCGCUAAAAAUAAGAAGAAAAAGAAUAAAAAUAUUCAAGAAUCGUCGAUAAAUAAACCCGAAAACAUUAAAGAUAUUCAACAAAAUUUAGAAAUUCAGAAUGACCCUGAUGUAAUAAAAUCUAAACGUAACGAUAUAGAAAUCGUACCUGAUUUUAUAGAUUAUCCUCGGUCUUUGAGUCAAUUAGUGGUUGACAAUAAUAACAACACAAUUAUUCAAGAAAUAAAUACACCUGAAGAAGUAAAGCUAGAUAUUCCUAUCUGUAAUCCAACACCUGUAAUUCAGGGUUCUGGGGAAUCACCAGAAGUUCAAAUUGUUAAGGAAAAUAUUAAUAUCACUGAAAUAGAUUUAAAAACUCCCAAUAAAGUCUCACCUACUGAAAAAACAGAUAUCAAAUCCAAAAUGAUUGAAGUUAAUCGUGAUAUGGAGGAGCUCAGGCGUUCCAUAGAAAGAUCUUUAGCAGAACUUACAAAUACUGAAAAAACAGAAAAUGAAAUUGAAAAAGAAUUUGAGGAAAUAUUCCAAAGUCAGUGCCAGGAAUCGACUGAAGUGGAAGUCGCAGUUGGCGAAAUAAAAACUGCAAUUGUUGAUAAUAAUUUAUCAGCCCUUAAAAUUGAAUGCGUAGAGAAUGUAGAUGAGCCACAUAACAUGUCUAAAUCAUGUCCUCUUGAAGAAAAAAAUGUAGCAUCAGAGGUCAGUGAAUCUAAAGAUGCAUCUCAAAAUUCUAAAUUUAACAUACAAAUUGUUGCGCCAGUGUGCCCAGCACGUAAAGAAAAAGGUAAAGGCAAAUCAAAGAAAAAGGCUAUACAAAGUAAUUCCAGUACUCAAACUAGUACUCCAAAUACAUCAACAAGUGGAACAGGUGCUGUUGCAAAGAGUUCAGAUACCAAAGAGCAGAAAUCAAAAAAAGAAGAGAAGUCAAAUCAAAAAUCUGAUGAUACAGAAAGAAAAGACAAAGCGAAGAAGAGAACAGCAGAAGAAAAUGAUGGUAGUGACUUUCAAGACAAAAAGAGGUCUUUAACUUUAGAUUUAAAUUAUGAACCUAUCGAAAAAUUUGAAGACGCUUUGACUUCAAGCGCGGAUGACGUCAAUCAAACUUUUGAUCUUAUCGCGAACGAUACAAGUACAAUUCCAGGUACUUCCAUAUAUCAAAAUAAUCCAGAAAUAAAUAUAAUAGCACCCACAGAGUACACAGAAGUUGAAGAAAAAGAAAAGCAAAAAGAAAAAAAGAAGCAAAAAGAAAGACCAGUUUCACAGCCAAAAAACUUAUUAGGCCCCACCAACAUUCCUGUACAAUCGAAUAAAUGUGAUUAUAAAAAGGAAAAAUUAAAAAAACCUGACUGUAUACAAGCCAAAGUAAAAGUAAAGGAUUCUGUUGACAUUAAAAAAGAAUCAAAGGAACGAGCGGAAACAAGGAGAGACAAAACAGGAGAACUUUUAGAUAAAAAUAAUCAAAAUAAACCUUUCCUUCAUACAAAUGAAGACUUGGUUUACAAAUAUAAUUUUAGGAAAGUAUUCCUUCAAAGCGUGUGUAACGUUUGCCAAAAGGAAUUAAAACAACGAAUUCCUUGUCCAUUCUGUUCCUUGGUUUUUUAUUGCAGUUCGAAGCAUAAAGAUGAAAACUGGCCACAACAUCAACCACUUUGUUUCGCCGUGUCUACUAUUGCCCAUUUAAAAGAUCAAAAACAUAUUUACGCGGACUUGAAAAACAUAACCGGCCAGGAAUACCGAAUUUUAAGAAUGCAAAUAAUUUUAUCUUGCGAAAAGAUAUUAAAAAGAAACUUACUGGCCUGGGAACAGGAGGCACUUCUUUAUCCUAGAAUCUGCGCAGACGUUUGCUGUAGGGAAUGGCGGCAAGAGAAGCUUACUGAUUGUGUGAAUUGUGGACAGGUUUCAUACUGUUCUGACCAUCCGGAACAUUUGCCUUCAUCUCAUCAACGUUGGUGCAAAUCGUAUGCUCUGUAUCAAAAAUUGGUUUUGCACCAUCAGACCUUUGGUAAAUUGAUGCCAAAGUUGCCAAAGAAAGUGUUCGAAAAUUGGCAAAUUCCUGAUAACAUGAACGAAGUUAUUGGUUCCAUGUAUGACGAGAAAUUAGAUAUCAGUGACAUACAGUACGCAACCCUAACACAAAUUGCGACUGCGCCGCUAACCACGAUGUUUUGCUAUCAGCUGUUCAUUAAACGACAUUUGUCUUUGACAAACGGAUUGAAAAAGAAAUCUAGUUUUACUAUCCACUCCCUUGGUAACGAUCUCCAAUCUGAGGCGGAUUCUUUGAACAAGUGGGAGACAUUUUUCCUCCACCUCCUGUCCGAAGCCAAGGAGCUGCGAGUCGUUCUUAUUGACCCGGAUCUUAACCAUUCUAAGCUACCCUUAGAAUUGCUCGGAAAAGUCAAAUUAUGCGAAGACUGUCAAAUGAACAAUCGUCGUCUGCUGUUUGAUUUCGAAGAUAAGAAAAGUUAUGACGAGUAUUACUCGAGCAGUGAUUUCGUUUUUCCUGACAUUGUGUGUGCCUUCAACCCAAAGAUUCAACGUUCUUCCACCUAUAUUAAGGACGUUUGGCCGUCUACUAUAAAAUAUAUUCUGAAACAAAAGAUUCCAUUUAUUAUCACAUCGAGCACUCUAGAGGAACUCAAACAAGAUUUGGGACGUAUAAAAGAGAUUUCGACUUCCUACGACGUGAUAUCCAAUCCAAUAUCCAAUCCCUUCGCAAGUAUUAGACCAGAUAGAAACUUCAUCACGGACCACGAGGCGCCCUUGAUUUUUAAAAAUCAUUUCUAUAGCAUACUGUGUGGAGCCUAGUUAUGCAUGCUGUGUUGUUUUGAAAUAAAUUAUAGAAUUUUA